AUGGCAUCUGUUGAAGUUGAUUUGGGAGUAACCCCAGAAGGCACUUACUCCAUUCGUGGUAAGCAAUUGAAGUUUGAUUCUAAAAAGGAUAUUGAACCAUAUUUAGAAGAAAUAAAUUCUAAGUCUGAGAUUUUGAAACUUGAUUUCUCUGGUAACACUAUUGGUGUUGAAGCAUCUGAAGCAUUAGCAGCAUCUAUUUUGAAGCACAAGGAUAGUUUAGUUGAAGUCGACUUCUCAGAUUUAUACACAGGUAGAUUAAACACAGAGAUUCCUCAAUCUUUACAACAUUUAUUACCAGCGUUUUUAGAAUGUUCCUAUUUGAAGUUAAUUAAUUUGAGUGACAAUGCGUUUGGUUUACAAACUAUUGAUCCAAUCGAAGAUUACUUGGCUAAGGCUGUAUCUAUCCAACACUUGAUAUUAUCCAACAAUGGUAUGGGGCCAUUUGCGGGUGCGAGAAUUGGUAAGUCGCUUUACAGAUUAUCACAAGCGAAAAAAAGCCAGGGUAAAAGUUCCUUAAAAACAUUCAUUUGUGGUAGAAACAGGUUGGAAAAUGGUUCUACCAACUAUUUGUCGAUUGGGUUGAGAAACCACGAAGAUUUGGAAGUUGUCAAAUUAUACCAAAACGGUAUCAGACCAAGUGGGAUUAUGAAUUUGAUUAAAAAUGGUUUAUCUCAAAACAGAAAAUUGCAAGUUAUUGAUUUGCAAGACAAUACUUUGACCACUAAGGCUUCAGUUGUAUUGGCAAAUGCCUUAUCUAAUUGGAAUGAUUUAAAGGAAUUGAAUCUUAAUGAUUGUUUAUUAAAACCUCACGGUUCUUUAAAGUUAUGCCAAGCUUUGGAGGAAGGUAUGAUCAGAGAAAACUUCACAGCAUUGAAAAUACAAUAUAAUGAAUUAGAGUCUCCAAGUUUAGAUCAUUUAUUGGCUGCCAUUGAGAAGAAAUUACCAAAGUUGCAAUUAUUAGAGUUGAACGGGAAUAGGUUUGAAGAGGAUGCGGGGUUUAUCGAAAAGGUUAAUGAAAUUUUUGAAAAUAGAGGACUCGGUGAGCUUGAUGAAUUAGAUGACUUGGAAGAAAUCGAUAGCGAAGAAGAGGAAGAAGAGGAAGAGGAAGAAGAAGAAGAAGAAGAGGAAGAAGAUUUAGAUGAAUUAGAAAAAGAGUUGGAAGGUGUUCACUUGAAGGAUGAAUCGGUUGAUGAUAUUACUGGUGGAUUGGCUAAGACGCAUAUUAAGUAA